GGGUCAGAGCUGCCACUUAAGCCUCUGUACCUGUACAACAUUCACCUGUCACCUGUAUCCUCUGGGACCACACCCAGUCCUCUGCUAACUCCACCAGCAGGCCUGAGGAAAAGCACUCAGCCACAGGCUUUUACCUGCGUGGACAUCAUCACUAUACGGAUAUUUUUAGACAGGGUCAUCUUUGCACUCAAAAAACUGCAUCUUUUUAAACUUUUUUUAAGGUGUUCUGCUGCUUUAGGUCAGUUGUGCUUUCAGACUCUUCAUCUGGUUUAAAUCUGCUCUACUUUGGAUAUAAAGAAAUAUUAGCACAUUUCAAGGAUUAAAAUGGGCUGCUUCUCAUUCGUCAAAUUGAUGAUGGUCUUGUUCAACUUGCUUAUCUUUCUGGGCGGCCUGACCCUGCUGGCCAUGGGGAUCUGGGUGAGCGUGGACGGGGGCUCCUUUCUCCAGCUGCUGGGGCCGUUCUCCAGCCAAGGCAUGCAGUUCGUCAACGUGGGCUUUUUCUGCAUCGCUAUCGGGGCCCUGCUGGUGCUGCUGGGGCUCCUGGGCUGUUGUGCGGCCCACAAGGAAAGCAAGUGUCUGCUGCUCACGUUCUUCUCCAUCAUCCUCAUCAUAUUCAUCGCUGAAGUGGCAGCUGCAGUCGUGACUCUGGCCUACUCUUCAUUUGCUGAGGGGAUCCUCAGAGCGUGGGCGACCCCUGCUUUACAGAACGAUUAUGGCAGUACACCUGUGGUCACUAAGAUCUGGAACACCACCAUGACAGAGCUGAAGUGUUGCGGUUUCACCAACUACACAGACUUUGUGGGUUCUAAGUUUGAAAAGGAGAACGGAGGAAACCUGCCGCCCAGCUGCUGCGGGACCAACAGUGCCGCCUGCAGCUCGGACGAGGCAGAGCGCAGCGCUGUGCCGGGCUGUUUUAAAGAUAUCCUGGAAAACCUCAAAGAACACGCCAACACUGUGGGAGGCAUCGCAGCAGGAAUAGGAGUCUUAGAGAUUGCUGCCAUGAUAGUGUCCAUGUACCUCUACUGCCACCUGGACAACAGAGUCAGCUGAGACUCCUUCAGGGAAAACAUGACAGGAAUUAUUUUGUUUUUUAAUCUGCAUUAUUUAACAAUCAGUCUCUUUCCUUUCUGGUUUCCCCUUUUUUCAGGGAGAUUUCCAGCUUUACUAUAAAGUAAUGUUUAUGAUGAAAAGAAUCCAGUGAUUGUAUUUUAUAUAAAGUGAAAAGUUUAUAAGCACCUGCAGAGUGUAUAUAUUUCAUAUUUGCCAAUAAAAUAUAUGAGACAGCAUUCACUGAGUGCUGACUGCAUUUA